AUGUCACCUAUUCGAAAAGUCGCACUCAUUGGCAAAGGCAUAUUGGGCACUGCUGUCCUCGAGCAACUGUCGAAAAAUGGCUUUGAAGUCACGGUUCUGAGCCGCAACCCUUCUUCUGUCGGUACACUCCCUGCCGGGGUGUCGGUCUCCGCGGUAGAUUACACUUCCAUUGAGAGCUUAGCCAGCGCUUUACAAAACCAAGAUGCUGCGGUUGCCACCAUUGGAAGUGCUGGGAUUCUCGGGCAGAAGGUUAUUAUCGACGCUUGCAUCAAAGCUGGAGUCAAGCGCUACAUCCCGUCCGAUUGGGGCUCGAUCACAACCGAUCCUGCAGCUCGUCACCUUCCAACAAACUUUGCUUUAGUCCAAAUCCAAGAUUAUGUAAAGGAGAAGGCCGAGAAGGGCGAAAUCGAGUACACGAUUUUGUCAGUUGGUGGCUUCUUCGAUCUUCUCUUGGAUGUGCCGUUCCUGCUGGACCUCCCUAAUUCAUCUGUCGAAUACUUUGACAAGGGAGAACAUCCAUUUAGCGUAACUACCCUCGACGGCGUGGGAAAGGCCGUUGUGGGUGCACUAAAAGCAUCGACGGAAACUAAGAAUCAAAACAUUUUCGUUCAUCAAGCUAUUAUAACACAGGCACAAAUAGUUUCCAUCGUGAAAAAGCACUGUUCACCUGGACGUCAGUGGCAAGAGACGCACUUGGACGCCGAAACCAAGUUUCAGGAAUCUCUGGAUUUAGCUACGAAAAACCCUGGUGAUUUCCUGUCUAUUAUGGCAUUGCUCAAGGCCACGCUCCUCAGUGGCAAAUUCAACUCUGCAUAUUCUACAGUGGAUAAUAACUUAGUUGAUCUUCCAAUGUUGGGAGACGAAGAAUUGGAGAGUAUCCUGGCCGGCAAGCUUCGCGAGAAGGGGCAAUAA